AUGUUCUGUAUUCCAUGCCAGAAGAAGUUCAGCACAAAAAAUGCUUACAAAUGCCACACCUCAACAUCCUCACACGUAAAGGCUGAAGACGAGUACAGGACAAAUAGAAAGGCUGCCAUGGAGCGGAACACAGCCAACUUUCUUGCUGACUUUCACUCCUACAUCUCGCAGAUAGCCGAGUAUAAGGAAAUAGGCCAAGCUUAUAGAGAGUAUCUGGCAAAAAAUAGAUUCAGAAUAGAAGGGACAAAUUUCAAAAGUGUUGAGGAGGCCGUUGAUAAGAUUGCAAAAAGAGUCUCUGUUCUGAAGGAAGGGGGAAAGGUGAUGGUCAAACGUCUAAGUAAGUUUAAGCUCGUAAGGAAGCCUCCUGUGCUUGACUUGGAAAAGCUUAGAUCUACCUUUAAGAUUAGGAUGAUAAAGGGAGAUAAUGAUGUGCAGAGAAAGGCCAAAGAAGAUAAAAACAAAAACUGUGUUUAG